UCCACCUGUCUGCCUCCCAUUCCAACCACCGGGAUGGUUCUGUCGUUCAUCCUCGUCCAGAAUCGCCAGGGCAAAACGCGCCUGGCGAAGUGGUAUGCGCCGUAUAGUGAUGAAGAGAAGGUCAAGCUAAAAGGCGAGGUCCACCGCCUCGUCGCCCCCCGCGACCAGAAAUACCAAUCCAACUUCGUCGAGUUCAAGCGCAGCACCAAGGUCGUCUACCGGCGCUACGCGGGCCUGUUCUUCUGCGCCUGCGUCGACGCCACCGAUAACGAGCUGGCCUAUCUCGAGGCCAUUCAUUUCUUCGUCGAGGUGCUGGAUCAGUUCUUUGGGAAUGUCUGUGAGCUGGAUUUGGUGUUUAAUUUUUAUAAGGUAUACGCCAUUCUGGACGAAGUGUUCCUGGCUGGGGAGAUCGAGGAGACCAGCAAGCAGGUUGUGUUGACGCGGUUGGAGCAUCUGGAUAAAUUGGAGUGAGGGUGACAUCAUUGAUUCAAGAGAUUGGGGAGAGAACAGAAGAGACAUUAAUCAGGAUGGUGAUGGGAAGGAAGAAGAGAGGGGGCGAAGACGAGAGAGCGAACAGGAAAGGAGAGGAAAAGCGCAAGAGGGAAGAAGUAUAUAGGGCAGCCUCAGGCUACAUUCGCAUACAUGGCCACGGACAUGGUCAUGACAGGAGUUAUGGAUUUCUGGGACGGUGUGCAUUUCACAUCCGGGCGUGUUGUCUUAAUCAUACAUACGAUCAUAUUCUAUUCUAUCACAUCAACU